CUAGAAAUCGCGGUAUGACAAAUAGUCCCUCCACCGCAUAAGCAGAGAAUUUGCGAGGAAUUGCGAAAUAUAUUCCUGGGAAAAUGUUACGCGCAGUCGUGCAAUCACUUUGAUCAUUGUGGCGUCACAGUCAGUGCAGUCGAUGCAGGUGUCUUUAGAAGCGUGGGUGUCUUGUAAACGAACAGCAAAAUCACGAAUACGGAAGUGUUGGUAUGAGAAAGAGGUAGUCUAUUUUUGUGUUUGCCUGGUCAAUGACAAUGUUAUUUUUUGUCAUUGGGGAUUUUUGGUCAGUCCCUUAGCUAAAGUAUCCUCCUGUUGUGUUGUUCUGUGAAUGUCACAGAUAUCCUAUAGCUAAGCUAUUUAGAACGGGGCCAGUGCUCCACUGUCUGAAGAAGGUAGCAAGUUAGGUGUAACACUGCCCUGUCCAGGGUGUAAGAAACGUGACAGGUGUAGCCAAGCUAUCUCUGCUCAGCAAUUUGAUCCACUUUAUAGUACACUGCAUCUAAUAACAACCCACAGCACUAACAGGACACACACAGUGCAUGCUACAAUAAACGGUCUGGCAUUAGAUAAACGGUGAAUGCAAACAUUUGCACAGAUAUGACAUGUGCUUGUAAUCAUGCAUUGGAUAUUAUAGUUAUCCUUAAUUGAAACCUCACAAUAACUUGUGAAUUAUUUUUACAGUUACUAUGGCGAACUAAUCAAGCCAAACAGCAACAACUUAAAAGAAGAGCACAGCUAGAGACAUGAUAUAGGGAGUAGAGGUCAGGGGUCCCUUGGCCAGUGAAGGCCAUUGUCUCUAUGGAGGCCGCCAAGCCCCCAAAGUGUGUCCAGCCGGGGCAGAGUGAGGAGGGAGAUCGGGGAGCUGAUGGAAGCCCAACACCGCGCAUUGACAGUGAACCUCUAGGAGAGAGAGACCCCAGUAAAGACCGGCAGAGCAAAGCCCUGUGCCAACAACACACUCAAAUGUUCCUGAACCUCACCACAGAGAAGGGCCUACAGCAAAUACCAUCACCACCAGGUGAGGGAAGAGUGAGGCGCAACUUGCUCAACCUGCCCAUCAUCAACCCAGAGAGACUGCGGACAGCAAAAGUACUGGUUGACAAAGCUGUAAAGGGUCCAUACCCUGUGGUUCGGGCUGCCCUGAAGGCGAGGGGUUGGGUAGAGCGCCGCCUGCCUCGGCCAAACCAGCACUGGAGCCGGUGCCGUGGAGAUGAUGGGAAUGAUGCUGAUGACAGUGAUGAUGACAAUGACAGCCCAGACGACAGAGAGGAAGACCCAGAUGACUUGUAUGACCUAAUGUCUCGCAUGGUGAGGAACGAAACGUCAUAUUUCUAUUGGACGACGCGUAGAGAGACAGUGGACAACCGCUCAUUGCGAAAGGAACAGAUGACCAAUCACUAUGCCAAAGCAGGCACCUUCACCACCAAGGUUGGGUUGUGUGUGAACCUGAGGAACCUGCGUUGGUUUGAUGCUGCAGACCUUGACUCCUUCUUCCCACGCUGCUAUAGGCUGGGGGCAGAGGAUGAGAAACAUGCCUUUAUCGAGGACUACAGGAGGACAGCAUGCACCAGCCUUAUACAGUGUGUUGUGGAGAGGAUUCGGGGUGAGCGAGGUGAGGGAGAGGGAGGUGGCACAGCUGGAUCAACUCACCAAUCAUGUCAAAGUCAGAAAAAAGCAUGCAAGCGUCGAGCCAUCUCAUUGGUGGCCUCCAGAAUGAUUGACAGUGCACUAAAAGUUUGCCAGGACUUCCUGGACAGCUUGGAACACAAUGACAUAGACAUUGCCUUGGAAACACCACCAUCCCUAACAGAACAAGAGUGGCUGGAGUUCAUCCACAAUUACUACCUGGUUGUCCAUGAUGGUGUAGAGAUAGAGGAGACUUUUCACUAUUUGAACAGCUGUCAGGCUAUGUUGCGGAAGCUUCGUGAUGUCAAUCCACAGCUAGACACAGACGGCAUCCACAACAUCUGGAUAGUCAAACCUGGGGCCAAGUCCCGAGGCAGAGGCAUCAUGUGUGCCAAGCGGCUGGAUGACAUCCUGAGGCUGGUGGACAGUGACCCAGCCCUGAUCAAGGACAGUAAGUGGGUGGUGCAGAAGUACCUGGAGCGCCCCCUGCUGGUCCACGGCACCAAGUUCGACCUCCGUCAGUGGUUCCUGGUGACUGACUGGAACCCUCUCACUGUCUGGUUUUAUAAGAAGUGCUACCUACGCUUCUCCACCCAGCCCUACUCAGUUGAGACACUGGACAGUUCUAUCCACCUGUGUAACAACUCCAUACAGAAGCACUUUCAGCCCUCCCAGCAGCGUCACCCAGAGGUGCCUGAGGACAACAUGUGGUCAUGUGACCAGUUCCAGGCCUUCCUGUCUGGACAGGGCCGAGCAGCACAGUGGUGGUCUGUGGUGGUCCCAGGGAUGAAGAAGGCUGUGGUCCACGCCCUGCAGACUGCCCAAGACCUGGUGGAGUCACGCCGAGGGAGCUUUGAACUCUACGGAGCCGACUUCAUGCUAGGUCGUGACCUGAGGCCAUGGCUGAUAGAGAUCAAUGCCAGCCCCACCAUGGCCCCCUCUACAGCAGUGACAACACGCCUGUGUGCAGCCGUGCAGGAGGACACUCUACGGGUGGUCCUGGACCGUCGGUUGGACCGAGGGGCACACACUGGGGGCUUUCAGCUUAUAUACAAACAGGCAGCAGUGGAGGUGCCUCAGUAUGUAGGGGUCAACCUGCUUGUUGAGGGCUCCCAGAUCAGACGGCCCCGCCCUCCUCCUCAAAAAGCCUCCAAACCCUCUAAGGGUCGUACCAACCAACCAGCGCCCAGACGCCCUCCUCAAAGCCAGGAGUACGAGGCUGUGGCAGAGAAACCCAAGCCAGCCCCCUCUAAGAAGGGUCUGAAGUCUGAGGUACGACACCUUACCUUCUCUGGCUUCAGAGUCCAAACCCCACUUUCUACUGAGAGGCAUCUGGCUGGGGCUCCCUGGAGGCUGCAGCGUCUGGGCCUGGUUGACUCCCUCCAGCUGCCCCCCAGGGCCCAGUCACGCUCUAUGGACUGCUGGCGGAGACCCCAGGUUAUUGUGCCCUGGUCAGGGCGAGCACGCCCCUUUGCUACCCCUGAUAUCUACAAAGGCCCUGUCCUUCCCUUGGAGGUCAUCAGCCUUCAAGACCCAGACAGGGAGCCCAGUGCCCUGCUUGUGCCCACUCCUCUGGUCCAACAUGCUGAGUUCAGGUUCCAGAAGUUUUUCAGGCAACAGAACCUCCAUCGUAGGGUGAUCAGGACCACAUGUGUAGGGAGAGGAACUCACAAGAGCUCGUGACAUGGAUCGGUUAUUGAACCAUUCACUGACACUGCCUGAUUUUGAAAGCUGUCUUUUUGCACCCAGCCAUUGUAGGCCUACCUCAUCAUAAUAAAGUCAGUAUUGUAUCCACUUAGAAUUUCAGUCUUGGUAUGUUUUUCCCUUUAUACUGAUUUAUUUAGAUAACUGUGUGCUGUAGUCUUUUUUGUCCAACUUGGCAACCUGGUCUCAGAGCAUUUUGUGUUAUUCUGUACUGAAAUCUGAGAUGGUUAUCAUAUUGUAUGCAUAAUAUUUCUCAGAUUAUUACCAAUCCCAAAAGGUAUGACUACAAACAGCCAGAAAAGGCUACUCUCCUCGAUGUUAUCCUCACAAAUAAUCCUGAUAGGUAUCAGUCUGGUGUUUUCUGUAAAUACCUUAUUGAUCACUGUUUUACAGCCUGUGUACAUAAUGGCUGCUCAUUUAAACGACCUGUCCUGAUUUGUCACAGAUGCUUAUUUUUUAUUUACUUUAAUGAGCAAGCCUUCCUUCAUGAACUGGCCUCUGUAAAAUGGUAUAGAAUCAGCUUGAUCCCCUCUGUCGAAGAUGCUUUGGACCGUCUAUUUUUUUAUAUUUUCAGUGGUAUCGUUAACAAACACGCACCCAUAUAGAAAAUGAGAAUUAAAACAGGUUCCGUCCCUGGUUCGACCGUGAUCUUGCAGAGUUACUCCACCUCAAGAAUUGCAUUUGACGAAAGGCUCAGCACAUGCAUACUCAGGCUGACUGGCUCUCGUUCAGGCAAAUGAGAAAUAAGUGCACUCAGGCUAUCCGGAAGGCCAUAGUUAGUUACUUUAAGGAGCAGUUCUCUCUCUGUGGGUCUGACCCCAAGAAGUUCUGGAAAACAGUUAAAGACCUGGAGAAUAAAACCUCACAGCUUCCCAUGUCCCUUAAUGUUGAUGAUGUGGUUGUUACUGACAAGAAGCACUUGGCUGAGCUCUUUAAUCACCACUUCAUUAAGUCAGGAUUCCUAUUUGACCCAGCCAUGCCUCCUUGCCCUUCCAACAUUUCCUCAUCUCCCACCCCUUCUCAUGCGAAUUCCCCGAUGCUUCUCCCUCUUUUUCCCCUGCCCCGCUACAAAGUUUCUCCCUGCAGGCAGUCACUGAGUCUGAGGUGCUAAAGGAUCUCCUGAAACUUGACCCCAAAAAAAACAUCUGGGACAGAUGGUUUAGACCUUUCUUCUUUAAGGUUGCUGCCCCUAUCAUUGCCAAGCCUGUCUCUCCUCCCAUUGUUUGGAAGGCAGCAACGGUUCAUCCUUUAUUUAAAGGGGGAGAUCAAGCUGAGCCUGACUGUUAUAGGCAUGUGUUGGAAAAACUUGUCAAUAGUCAACUGACUGGCUUUCUUGAUGUCUAUAUUAUGCAAUCUGGAUGUCACUGAAACCUUAAAGGUCUUAAAUGAUGUCACCAUUGCCCUUGAUUCUAAGCAAUGUUGUGAUGCUAUUUUUAUUGACUUUGCCAAAGCUAUUGAUAUGUAGACCAUUCCAUUCUUGUGAGCCGGCUAAGGAUUAUUGGUGUCUCUGAGGGGUAUUUGGUCUGGUUUGCUAACUACCUCAAAGAGUGCAGUGUAUAAAGUCAGAAAAUCUGCUGUCUCAAUUACUGCCUGUCACCAAGGGAGUACCUCAAGGCUCGAUCCUAGGCCCCACACUCUUCUCAAUUUACAUCAACAACAUAGCUCAAGCAGUAGGAAGCUCUCUCAACCAUUUAUAUGCAGAUGAUAGUCUUUUAUACUCAGCUGACCCCUCCCUGGAUGUUGUGUUAAUGCUCUACAACAAAGAUUUCUUAGUGUCCAAAAAGCUUUCUCUACCCUUAACCUUGUUCUGAACACGUCCAAACAAAGGGCAUGUGGUUUGGUAAGAAGAAUGCCCCUCUCCCCACAGGUGUGAUUACUAACUCUGAGGGUUUAGAGCUUGAGGUAGUCACCUCAUACAAGUACUUGUGAGUAUGGCUAGACGGUGCACUGUCCUUCUCUUAGCACAUAUCAAAGCUGCAGGAUAAAGUUAAAUCUAGACUUGGUUUCCUCUAUCGUAAUCACUCCUCUUUCACCCCAACUGCCAACCUAACCCUGAUUCAGAUAACCAUCCUACCCAUGCUAGAUUACGGAGACAUCAUUUAUAGAUCAGCAGAUAAGGGUGCUCUCAAGCGGCUAGAUGUUCUUUACCAUUCGGCCGUCAGAUUUGCCACCAAUGCUCCUUUAUAGGACACAUCACUGCACUCUAUACUCCUCUGUAAAGUGGUCAUCUCUGUAUACCCGUAGCAAGACCCACUGGUUGAUGCUUAUUUAUAAAACUCUCUUUGCCCUCUUUCUCCCCUGAGAUACCGACUGCAGCCCUCAUCCUCCACAUACAACACCCAUUCUUCUAGUUACAUUCUAUUAAAACCUCUUGGAACAUCAGAAAAGCAAUCAAAUUAAUCUUUUACCUUUGAUGGGCUUCGGAUGUUUUCACUCACGGGACUCCCAGUUAGACAGCAAAUGUUCCUUUUGUUCCAUAAAGCUAUUUUUUAUCCAAAUACCUCAGUUUGAUGCGUAAUGCCUAGGAAUCCACCGGAAAUAGCAGUCACGACAACACAGACAAAAAUUCCAAAUUAUAUCGAUGAUAUCGACAGAAACAUGGCAAAUGUUUUUUAUAAUCAAUCCUCAAGGUGUUUUUCAAAUAUCUAUUCAAUAAUACACUGCUCAGAAAAA